GGUUCUUUCUGCUUAAAGAAUUCAAUUAAAAAGGCCUGUACACAUCCCAAGGUGAUAUGGGCAUGAAGACGAACCCACCUACAAACACAUAUUGAUCCACCACGUGCUGCUGUAGAAGGUCCUGAAUUCCUGCUCCGCUUCUUCGAACUUCGUAAUUCUCUCUCGCCGUUCGUAGUUUAGUACAAUUCUUGUAUUUUUACCCUCAACGUUUCUGGGUAUGUCGCAGUUCUGUUGAGAAGAAGAUAGCUGGGACGCAGCGAUGGCCUCUGCUUCGGAGUCCAUACACCCUCAAGAUGUUUGUAUUGUUGGUGUUGCUCGUACGCCCAUGGGUGGCUUUCUGGGUUCCCUUUCUUCUUUCUCAGCUACUCAGCUUGGCUCCAUAGCUAUUAAAUGUGCCCUUAAGAGAGCUAAUGUAGAUCCGGCACUGGUGCAAGAGGUGUUCUUCGGGAAUGUCCUAAGUGCAAAUUUAGGGCAAGCCCCAGCUAGACAGGCUGCUCUAGGUGCUGGCAUACCUAAUUCGGUGAUUUGCACCACUGUGAAUAAAGUUUGCUCAUCAGGAAUGAAAGCUACAAUGCUCGCAGCACAGACCAUUCGGUUGGGCGUUAAUGAUUUUGUUGUGUCUGGUGGUAUGGAAAGCAUGUCUAAUGCACCCAAAUAUAUAGCUGAAGCAAGGAAGGGAUCUCGACUUGGACAUGAUAUUAUUGUCGAUGGCAUGCUCAAAGAUGGUCUUUGGGAUGUUUACAAUGACUUUGGAAUGGGUGUUUGCGCGGAAAUUUGUGCUGAGAAUCAUAGCAUAACCAGAGAAGCACAGGAUUCUUAUGCUAUUCAGAGCUUCGAAAGAGGAAUCGCUGCACAGAAUAGUGGUCUCUUUGCCUGGGAGAUGGUUCCGGUUGAAGUUUCAGGAGGAAGAGGAAAGCCGUCAACAAUUGUAGAUAAAGAUGAAGGCUUAGGAAAGUUUGACUCUGCAAAACUCAAGAAACUGAGACCUAGCUUCAAGGAGAAUGGCGGUUCUGUUACUGCUGGGAAUGCAUCUAGCAUAAGUGAUGGUGCAGCUGCAUUAGUUCUAGUUAGUGGGAAGAAAGUACUUGAACUUGGGUUGCGAGUAAUUGCAAAGAUCAAAGGAUAUGCUGAUGCUGCUCAGGCACCCGAACUGUUCACGACAGCCCCAACCCUCGCAAUAGCGAAAGCCAUUUCGAAUGCUGGUCUUGAUGCUAGUCAAGUUGACUACUAUGAAAUUAAUGAAGCAUUCUCUGUCGUGGCUCUUGCCAAUCAAAAGCUACUUGCUCUUAAACCUGAAAGUCUCAAUGUGCAUGGUGGAGCUGUAUCACUGGGACAUCCAUUAGGAUGCAGCGGAGCUCGCAUACUGGUCACAUUGUUAGGGGUUCUGAGACAGAAGAAUGGGAAGUAUGGUGUAGCCGGGAUCUGCAAUGGGGGAGGUGGGGCAUCUGCCCUUGUUGUCGAGCUCAUAAGAUAGAGGAUUUCCCUCAGCUGCUUCAAUUAGUAAUAGCAUUUUGUAGUUUGGGUCCUGGGAGAUACUAGGACACACAUGCCUUGCACUUCUGCUUCUUUCGCUGUUGCCUCUAAUCGUCACUUAAAUGUGUCCACUGCACGCAAGAUGCUAGAAAAUUUGAGCUACUUGGUGGACUGGAAAACACCCUUCCUUCCAAGAACAUGUAAUGAAGUUACUCUGUGUGGGCGCCAUAGAUGGUCGGCAUCGGAGAAAUGCAAAUAGAUGGUUUUCCCUUAAAGAAUGUAAAAGUGUUGCAUCUAAUCGCCGAGUCAUUUGAACACUGGUCAAUAACGAGACGCAAGGAAAUAUUUUGUGCUGUGCUUCU